AUGACAACACGCUCAGACCUCCUGAAACCAGUCCAGGCCCUCAUAGAAGCCCUAACGAACCCAAACCCAACAAACCCCAACCAACUCCUCUCAACCUUCACAACCCUCCCAAAACCUCUAGCCUACGAACACGGUCUCCCACAACUAGCCCCCUUCCUAGGCCGGCCCUUCAACGGCCAAGAUGGGGUGGCAACGUACUUCGAGCUCAUCUCCUCCCUGCUGGGAAUCAAGAACAUGGCCUUCGAGCCCGAGGAGAGCUGGGUAGUUGACACGAGCUGCAUGGCAGUUUCGCUGCGCGGAACGGCGACGUUCGUCUGGAAGGAGACGCGGCAGGCAUGGGAUGAGACGUUCAUGUACCGCAUUAAGCUUGCUGUUGAUGGGUCAAGGGAAGGGGGAAGGUUGGCGGUGUGA